AUGGUUCGUCUGCAGCCUAUUAAGCAGCAGCAGCAGCAGCAGCAGCAGCAGCAGCUUCUGCAGCAGCAACAGCAGCAACAGCAGCAACAGCAGCAGCAACAACAGCAGCAGCAGCAGCAGCAGCAGCAACAGCAACAGACUGCCUCAAGGAGGCUUAGAGAUAAAGGCCUCUUGCCUCAGGCGGAUCUCCUCUGCUGCGACCACAGCGAGCAGCAGCAGCAGCAGCUGCAGCAGCAGCAGCAGCUGCUGCAGCAGCAGCAGCAGUUGCAGCAGCUGCAGCUGCAGCAGCAGCAACAUGCUGUCCAGACACUCCAGCAUGGGAGCGCCAGCGCCUUACGGGAACGGCUGGAGAGGCUGAAGACAGAACACGCCGUGCUGCAGAAGGUGAAGCAGCAGCAGCAGCAGCAGCAGCAGCUGCUGCAGCAGGAGCGGCAGCAGCGCCUGCUGCUCGAAGCAAAAGUUGCUGCUCUCGAGUGCGAGCUGCAGCAAAAGGAAAGAGACAUCCAGAAUGCCAAGCAGCAGGAACAGAGCACCCAAGGGGGGGCGAAGCAGCGGGAGCAGCAGCUGCAGGAGCAGCUGCUGCUGGACUGGCAGCAAACGGAGCUGCUGCGGCAGCGGGAAGCAGCAGCAGCAGCAGCAGCUCACCGCUAUCAAGCAGAAGCAGAAACAGCGCAGGCGGAGCUGCGGCGGCUGGCGGCGGAGACGGAGGAAAAGCUGGAGCGACUUUUUAAGGAAAAGGAAAGUUUGGCGGAGGCCAUAAGUGUUUACCGCUUGGAGGAGAUAAAGGCCAAAGACAAAACGGCGCAGCAGACGCAGCAAAUUAGAAAUCUCGAAGAAGAGCUCCGCACAGAGCGCUCGCAUUCGCUGGAGCUGCAGCAGCGGCAGGAGGAAGCAGCAGCAGCAGCAGCAAGAGACAGCAAGCAGCAGCAGCAGCAGCACGAGCAGCAGCAGCAGCAGCUGCAGGAGCGCCUGGCAGCAGCAACAGCAGAGCUAGCAGCACUUAAAAUCAAAGUCGAGACGGAGCCAAACAGGCUGCAGCAGCAGCUAGAAGAGGCAGCAGCAGAAGCAGAGAGCUACCGAGUGUCUCUUGAUCGAGUCACAGAAGAACUAAAUGCUGCAGUUGCAGAAGCAGAGAGGGAGCAGCAAGCAGCAGCAGCAGCAGCUGCUGCUCGCGAGGCCGAAUUGCUGGCGGAGCUAAGCAGCCAAAGAAAGGAGACAGCAGCAGCAGCAGCAGCAGCUGCUGCUGCAGCAGCAGAAAGAGACAAGACAGCCUCAACUCUUAAAAACAAACUCGAGAAAGCAGCAGCAGCACUCAGCAAAGAAGUCAGCCACCAGGAGACACUCAAGCAACGAUUGGAAAAUAUAACAGAAGAACUCGAAAGUCAAAAAGAAGAAACCCAAAAAGUCCGCAGCGACCUUUCGGCCCUGGAGCAGCAGCACAUGCGCCUCAUGGCUGCUGUUGAGCAGGAGCGAGAAGCAAUUAAGCACCAGCAGCUGCAGCAGCAGCUGCAGCAGCAGCAGCAGCAGCGGGAAGAAGAGGAAGAGCUGCUCAGGGGCGAAAGCGGCAGCAAGUGGAAGUCCGCAGCAGCAGCAGCUGCUGCUGCUGCUGCUGCUGCUGCAGAUAUGUCCCUCCAGCAGCUGCUUUACCCCAUUCCUCAAGAGUUCUCUAGUACCACCUUGAGCUCAACUGCUGCUGCUGCUGCUGCUGCUGCUGCUCAGUUUAAGAAGCAGCAAGUAGGCACAAGUCAAAUUGCUCAGGCUCUGCUGCUGCAGCAGGACCGACCAGCGGCAGCAGCAGCAGCUGCUGCUGCUGCUGCUGCUGCUGCUGCAUCUGGCAGCACUUCUAUCCCCACAACGCCGCGGCAGCAGCAGCAGCAGCAGCAGCAGCAGCAGCAAGCCCAGGGGGGCCCCCGGGGCCCCUAG